UAUGCGUAAAAGAUUAGGAGCCUUACAUGCAGAUUCUCUUGAAGAGUAUAUUCAACUGGCCAAAAUGUCCUGGUAAUAAGAACUAAUAUAUUAUGGAACACAAUAAGAGAUUGCGGGUUAAUAGAGAGGGUUUGAUAAUUCAGAAAAAGACACAAAUGUAAAUUUAUAUUAUUAACAUUUAUAGACUUCUUCUAUUGAGGAAGAGUAAGAGAAGAAGGAGCAGAGCAAUAUUAAUGUAUUAGUUAUAGACAAUCUUGAUAAAAUUGACCAAGUGUUUAAAUAUUGUGGAACAUUUAGAAAGCCAAAGAAAAAUUAUUAUUUGGAAUAUUGUUCAAAAUUGGAGUUAUCUGAUUCAAAGGAGACUCAUUUUCAUUUUUGGAUAAUAAAUUCUUCAAGUGUGAAAUAUUAAGAAUUGAUUGAUGGUAUGUGGCUUCAUAAAUUAUAUUUAGUUUAUUAUAGAACAGCUGAUUGUUAUGUUUAUUUGAAUAAGAAAUCAAAGGAACAUUAAUUUUUAAGAUUUCUUGAGAAGGUGAAAUUGGUAAAUAAGAACAAAAAUAAAAAGAUAUUUAAAAUUGGAAAUUGUAGAAGAAUUAGUGUAAUAAAUAUAUAUAUAUUUUAAUAGAGCAUCCAAAAUUUAUAAACUAUUAAUGAGAACCAAAUAGUUAAGCUAAGAAAUUUAUAAGAGGGAUUAAAAAAAGUAAGAGAAUAAUAUUUUUGAUU